AGACGCCUUUUGGAUCAGUCUUAAACCGUGCCUGACAGACAAAGCGUUCUGGUCGACGUUUCGCCGAACACAUGGCUCCCUCUUCCAGGACCGUGGGCUCCGCGGCGGCCGUGGCCGUGGUCGGUGCUUCAACUGCCUUUCUGAUGCCGACCACACCAGCUGGUCCACCUGCUCAUGGACACCCAGUCCCCCAGAUCGAGGGCACUGCUGCCUCAACACUUUCGGUUGCGAUGCCGUUGGCUCUGGGCACCGUCGCCCUGGCCGCGGGACGCAACAAGAGGCCUGCGCACACCUUCAGGCGCUGUCCAACAACGUGCACCUCUUUUGAACAAUUUGGAGGAUGCCAUCCAAAACAAGCUGGAAGAGCGACUGAAGAGGCAGCACCAGAUUACGUCGGAGAUGCAAAGGAACAACGAUGCUUUCAAGAAGAAGUUGGAGGACGAGCUGAACUCCCACAUGCGCAUGAAGGAUCAACUGAAGACACGCAUCCGUGCCUUGCAGACCAUCUACGACGAUGCCAACGACAAGUUGGAGUUCUCUGAAGUACUGUCCGCCAAGUCCAAGGAGAACUGCAGCGAGUUGGAGGAACAAGUGGGAAAGCUGGAGCGAAACCUGAGGGAAGUGGAGCAAAAGAACCGCGCGCGGAUCUCGCAGCUGGAAGGCGAAGCCAAGGAGAAGGAGGUGAAGCUGGAUCAGCUGACGAUGGCCACCGGGCGCUUAAACGAGAGCAUCAGGGAGCUGCAGACUACGCGCCAGGAAGAGAUGAACGGGGCAGCAGCGAGGGACCAACAGAUUCGCCAAACCCUGCAGUUGAAGCAGAAUGCGCUUCAGCAGGCCAUGAAGCAGAAUGACCAGGUUCAAUUGGAACUGCGCACCUGCCGCAACCAACUGGAAACCUUGACGCAGAAGGUGGCUGCGGCGGAAGGUGCCCUGCUGGCACAGAACAACAAGAAUCAGGAGCUGGAAAGCCAAGUGAAGAUUGCAAGGGCUGACACCCAGCGCCUUACGGCGGAAGAGGAGAAGUUGAAGCGCGAGCAGAAGGUGGCGCUGGCGAGGGAAAAGUUGGUCCAAGAGAACUUGAAGAAGACGGAAGACAGGGAGAAGCAGCUGAAGGAGAUCAUGCCCUUGAUGGAAGCGGAUGAAAAGAACCUCAAGGAUCGCAUUGAAAUCUUGGAGGCGCAAGCCACCAACGAGAAGGUCCUCUCGCUGAAGCUACAGGAGAGCGAGCAUGAGAAUCAGACCCUGGCUGCUGAGGUGCAACGGAUGCAGGAAGCGCUGAAGUCCAAGGACGCUGAGAAGAUCCGACUGAGUGCGGAGAUUAAGAAGUCUCAGGACGCCAGUGAGGCAGCGGCUCGUGAUGCUCAGGCCAAGCAAGUGGCUGCUGCAGAGGAACAUAAGAAGAUGGAGGCGCGGGCGGCACAGCUCACCGCCGCAGCCAAUGAUGCCAAGGUGCACCGAGAUCAGGCCAUCCAGGAAGCUCAGAAGCUGCGAGCUGCGGCAGAUCAAGCCAAGUUCGCGGCUCUUCGUGCGGCGGACUAUGCCAAAGAACAGGCCCAUAAGGAUGCAGCAGAUCUGGCCUCCAAAGCCAUUGCGGCUGCGCAAGCUGUCGAGGCUGCGUGCGCCAAUGAAGUUCAACUCUCGCAGCAAGCAGCACAGGCACAGCAGUCGGUGAAGCAGUUUCAGAGAUGAGGCCACGAACGGGGCAAUGUGAUCGAGAUGACGCAUUGCUCAUGUAGCAUCCCAUCGUCACAUGAAAAAUGCCCAAUGAGGUAUGUGACGCGGGAAUGCCUAUUGCUUUCAUCCAGCCGCUGCCACUUCAUCUAGCAGAUUCGGCUCGCUUCACAUGUUUCUUGAAAGCCGGGGAGUUUUAACAACUGUCCCUCCGAGGCAAGCUGUGCCUGUGCGUUUGUGUAGCAUCUGAGGAAUUUUAAGGGGACUACAACAACAAAGACGUUGCUUCUUGCCCGCGGCGCCUCUCACUCGGAGCUGGAUAGUUCACAUGUCAUCGUGCGGCAAACGUACCACCUUUGCACCACUCGUGUCAGAGCCACCUGAAGAAGCGCAGCU